GCAAUAUCACCGGAAGCUGAUGAACUAACAUGGCGUCAACAAUUGCUGUAGAAUUACCCCGCAGUGGAUUUUCUUUUGAAAACUGUAAAAGGAAUUUGAUAUUGGAAAAUCAAGGCUUCACAGCUCCAAAGGCUUAUAAGACUGGUACAACCAUCGCUGGUGUAAUAUUUAAGGAUGGAGUUAUAUUGGGUGCAGAUACAAGGGCUACAGAAGACACAGUUGUAGCAGAUAAAAAUUGUGAAAAGAUUCACUACAUUUCUUCAAACAUUUACUGUUGUGGUGCAGGUACAGCAGCUGAUACGGAAAUGACUACGCAGAUGAUAUCUAGUAAAUUAGAACUACAUCGAUUGGAAACUGGUAGAAAACCAAGAGUUUGUACAGCUAAUAGACUAUUAAAACAAAUGUUAUACAGAUAUCAUGGUUAUAUUAGCGCUGCUUUAGUACUAGGUGGUGUAGACUCGACUGGGCCACAUUUAUAUAGUGUUUGGCCUCAUGGUUCUACAGAUAAAUUGCCUUAUGUUACUAUGGGUUCUGGAUCUUUAGCUGCAAUGGCUGUAUUUGAAGAUAGAUUUAAACCUGACAUGGAACAAGAAGAUGCUAUGAAAUUAGUACAAGAAGCUAUAAGAGCUGGUAUAUUUAAUGAUCUAGGAUCAGGUAGUAAUGUAGAUCUAUGUAUUAUUACAAAAGAUAAAACUGACUACAGACGAACAUAUCAAGAAGCCAAUCUAAAGGGUGUAAGACAAGGAUCGUACACAUAUAAACGAGGUACAUCAGCUGUAUUAAAAACAGAAGUCAAGAAGAUUGAACUUGAAGUUUUAGAAACUGAAGUGAGACCACAAGCUAUGGAUACAGAUUAACUUAACUGUAAUUCCAUUUGUUAUGUUAUGUAAUUCUCAUCUUAUAUUGUACCAUUUCAAUUAAAACUUCAUUUGUAAUUUA